GCUCCGGAAGUACGAGCUCACUCGGUUGUCGCGCCUCUUCUGACGCCUCCGGCACCAUGGCGGCAGAGAGCGGUAGUGAUUCUCAGCUGAGAAGAAGAAGGCGCCGGGACCCAGAGGAACGGGAGAAAACGGAACCCAGCCAGCGAGAACUGGCCAUGGCGGUGGCGGGGAGCGAAGAAAACGAGGAUGAGAACGAAGAACGCUGGGUUGGGCCGUUACCGGUGGAGGCGACACUGGCCAAGAAGAGGAAAGUUCUAGAGUUUGAAAGAGUGUAUCUUGAUAAUCUCCCCAGUGCAUCCAUGUAUGAGCGCAGUUACAUGCACAGAGAUGUUAUCACGCAUGUGGUAUGCACCAAGACAGAUUUUAUUAUUACUGCCAGUCAUGAUGGACAUGUUAAGUUUUGGAAAAAAAUAGAAGAAGGAAUUGAGUUUGUUAAACAUUUUCGUAGUCAUCUUGGAAUAAUUGAGAGUAUUGCAGUUAGCUCUGAGGGAGCAUUGUUCUGUUCUGUGGGUGAUGAUAAAGCAAUGAAGGUGUUUGAUGUAGUGAACUUUGACAUGAUCAAUAUGCUGAAGCUUGGCUAUUUUCCUGGACAAUGUGAGUGGAUAUAUUGCCCAGGAGAUGCUAUAUCUUCAGUUGCUGCUUCUGAGAAGAGUACAGGAAAAAUUUUCAUUUAUGAUGGCCGGGGAGAUAACCAGCCACUUCAUAUUUUUGACAAACUCCAUGUAUCACCUCUUACUCAAAUAAGACUAAACCCAGUUUAUAAAGCAGUAGUAUCUUCAGACAAAUCUGGAAUGAUCGAGUACUGGACUGGACCUCCUCAUGAAUACAAGUUCCCUAAAAAUGUGAACUGGGAGUAUAAAACUGACACAGAUUUAUAUGAAUUUGCCAAGUGUAAGGCUUAUCCAACCAGCAUAUGCUUUUCACCUGAUGGAAAGAAAAUAGCAACCAUUGGAUCAGAUAGAAAAGUUAGAAUUUUCAGGUUUUUAACUGGAAAACUCAUGAGAGUCUUUGAUGAAUCAUUAAGUAUGUUUACUGAACUGCAGCAGAUGAGGCAACAACUCCCAGACAUGGAAUUUGGCCGACGAAUGGCUGUAGAACGUGAGCUGGAGAAGGUGGAUGCUGUAAGAUUAAUUAAUAUCGUUUUUGAUGAAACUGGACACUUCGUGCUAUAUGGAACAAUGCUGGGCAUUAAAGUUAUAAAUGUAGAAACAAAUCGGUGUGUGCGGAUCUUAGGGAAGCAAGAAAAUAUUAGAGUGAUGCAGCUGGCUUUGUUUCAGGGAAUAGCCAAAAAGCAUCGAGCUGCAACUACUAUAGAGAUGAAAGCUUCUGAAAACCCCGUUCUUCAGAAUGUUCAAGCUGACCCGACAAUAGUCUGUACGUCUUUCAAAAAGAACCGAUUUUAUAUGUUUACCAAACGAGAACCAGAAGAUACAAAAAGUGCAGAUUCUGACCGAGAUGUUUUUAAUGAGAAGCCUUCUAAAGAAGAAGUCAUGGCAGCUACUCAAGCUGAAGGACCAAAACGAGUUUCAGAUAGUGCCAUUGUCCAUACAAGCAUGGGAGACAUUCACAUCAAGCUUUUUCCUGUUGAGUGUCCCAAGACGGUGGAAAACUUCUGUGUUCACAGCAGAAAUGGUUAUUACAAUGGGCAUACAUUUCACCGUAUCAUUAAGGGCUUCAUGAUUCAGACAGGAGAUCCAACAGGUACUGGUAUGGGAGGAGAAAGCAUAUGGGGAGGAGAGUUUGAAGAUGAAUUUCACUCAACAUUACGACAUGACAGACCGUACACACUCAGCAUGGCCAAUGCUGGAUCAAAUACUAAUGGAUCCCAGUUUUUCAUAACGGUAGUACCAACGCCCUGGCUUGAUAAUAAGCACACCGUGUUUGGACGAGUGACUAAAGGAAUGGAGGUUGUGCAGAGGAUUUCCAAUGUUAAAGUCAAUCCCAAAACAGAUAAGCCUUACGAGGAUGUCAGCAUCAUAAAUAUCACUGUCAAGUGAAACGGGUUCUGUUACAUUCACAAUAACACGAGACUGUUUCACAUUGGGAAAUUUAAUAUGCAAAUCAUGUUUUAAAAGAUACAAAACUGUAUUUUUGUGUUUUCAGUUAAAGGUCAUUUUUAAAAACUGCC